AUGAACGAAAAGGAAGUCGUGUCCACCAAAGACCCUCUUGCCCACGAUGAGUUCGUGACUGAGCCUGCGCCCACGAAGGCCGAGGAAAGACGCCCGUCCGGCCAUGCUGCUGCCCUGAACAUCGUCGUGAACCCCCUAAAGCGCUAUCCCAAGGAGCAAGUUUACGAAGAUGCCCGCGGAUUCGCUGAGCAACACGGGAUGUCUGAGCACGCUGACCUGUUUGGCCGCGCUGCCCUGGUUGCUCGAAGCCCCAAGGACUUUGAAGAUAUUACUGUGCUGAGCGAGGACGAGCGGACCGCCCUGAUCUACGAACGAAACCACAAGUGGCACGGCCCGUUCAUGCUGUGGUACUCGAUCGCGUUGUGUGCCGUUGGCGCUGCUACACAAGGUUGGGAUCAGACUGGCUCGAACGGAGCCAACUUGUCAUUCCCCGAGGCACUGGGUAUUAAUGGCACGGGACGUGACGAGUGGAUUGUCGGACUCGUCAACUCCAUCAUUUUUUUGACUGCUGGUCUCAUUGGUGCAUUCAUUGUUGAUCCCCUGAAUCAUUACCUUGGUCGACGAGGUGAGAUCUUUUUGACCGCUGCGUGUCUCACUGCGACCCCUAUCGGUUCGGCAUUUGCAAAGACAUGGGAGGGACUGUUUGCUGCACGGUUCAUCAUGGGCAUUGGUAUUGGUGCGAAGAAUGCCACAGUACCUAUCUACUCAGCUGAGAUGGCUCCUCACCGGAUUCGUGGUGCUUUGGUCAUGUUUUGGCAGCUUUGGGUUGUGGCCGGUAUCUUCUUGGGUUUCUGUGCCAACGUCAUCGUCAAGGACACUGGGGAUAUCUCGUGGCGCCUUCAACUUGGCUCGGCUUUCAUUCCAUCGUUUAUCUUGAUGAUUGGCAUUUUCUUCUGUCCCGAAUCUCCUCGUUGGCUCAUGAAGCAUGGCAAGCAUGCCCAAGGUUUCAAGUCGAUGUGCCGUCUCCGCGCCCAUCCCAUCAUCGGUGCACGAGACUUCUAUUACUCGUGGGUUAUCUACGAAGAGGAAUUGAAGGAGGCGCGUGGUGCAGGUUACUUCUCCCGUAUGCGGGACUUGUUCACCGUGCCCAGAAUUCGACGGGCCAACUACGGUGCUUCGACUGUCAUGAUUGCCCAGCAAAUGUGUGGUAUCAACAUUAUCUCGUUCUACAGUUCGACUAUCUUCGAAAAUGUUGGCUACACCGCAGUCCAGGCGUUGUACGCCUCCCUCGGAUACGGUGCCAUCCAGGUCGUGUCGACAAUCCCUACCUUGUUCUUGAUCGAUACAAAGGGUCGUCGAACUUUGACCCUGAUUACUUUCCCCCUGAUGUGUAUCUUCCUCUUGGCUGCAGGUCUGUCUCUUCUAAACUCGGACGACAACCGAAGCCGAGGAGAGCAUAUUGGACCCGUUGUGCUGUUCGUCUACCUGUUCACGAUCUGCUACUCGCUGGGUGAAGGCCCUGUGGCCUUCCAGUACUCUGCCGAGGUCUUCCCCACGAUCCAGCGUGAGCAAGGCAUGGCUUGGGCCGUCUGCAUCAACAACACCUUCGCUGGCAUUCUUAGCUUGACUUUCCCUCGCAUGAAGACCGUCAUGACCCCCACUGGAGCGUUCGGCUUCUACGCCGGUCUCAACCUCGUCGCUUGGUUUAUGAUCUUCUGCUUCGUCAGAGAAACCAAACAACUCACCCUGGAAGAGUUGGACCAGGUCUUCUCCGUCCCCACCAGCAAGUUCAUCAGCCAUGAGCUGACCGUCUGGCUUCCUUACUUUAUCAAGCGCCACAUCUUCCGCCAGAACAUCCCCAAGCCCCCAGCGAUCAUUGCCACUGCCGAUGACUCCGAUGGUAAAGAGUCGAGCUGA